AACUUACCCUCUCCGCCACACGACGAGUCUCUCCUCAUCCCCCUGGCCAAUCGCCAGCUCUGAACCGCGCCGGGAUGGACACCGAGUCGACCCACUCGGGCUACUCCUAUCACUCCAGCCGCUCCGGGAGAUCAAACCGGCAUGGGGAUCGAAGCCGUGAGCGGCACAAGGCCAGCAGCAGCAAAGACAGCAGUCGCUCCGAGAGGUCCGUCGUCAUCAACCCCCCUGACACCCCCUCCCAGGAGUCCCCCGUUCAUAAUGGAGAGCCGCUGCCAGGAGAACCCACACCAACAGCAGAUCAUGGAGAUGACGCCCAGGAUGAUAACUGGGGGGAAACCACCACCGCAGUGACAGGCACCUCAGAGCUGAGCAUUUCCCAGGAGGAAGUGGUUGGACUGGGGAAGGGAAUACAGGACCGGACCAAAGGCUUCCGCCGCUAUCUUCCCCUGGCUGUGGGCUUGUGUGUGGGGCUGGUGGUGGUGGCCACGCCGCUGGUCUUCCUGCUCCUUCCGGCUGUCAUGUGGCCCGACAGGCUGCAGGCUUGUGGCGCAGCCUGCGAGGGCCUCUUCCUCUCCAUCUCCUUCAAGCUCCUCAUCCUCCUGGUGGCCAUCUGGGCCUUGUUCCUCCGAACGGGUCGCGCCAGCCUGCCCAGAGUGUGUGUGUACCGUGCCUUCCUCACCACUCUCACGCUCCUGCUCACCAUGUCUUAUUGGCUCUUCUACGGGGUCCGGAUCCUUGAUGCUCAGGACGAGGACUACCAUGGCAUCGUGCAGUUUGCCGUGUCCCUCGUGGACUCCCAGCUGUUUGUCCACUACCUGGCCGUGGUGCUGCUGGAGCUUCGUCAGUUGCAGCCCUGCUACAGCGUGUGUGUUAUGCGCUCCACUGACGGAGAGACGCGUCACUACAACAUAGGACAGCUCAGCAUUCAGAGGGCUGCUCUGUCCAUUCUGGAGUACUACUACAGAGAUUUUCCACUCCAUAACCCAGCACUUCUCUCUGCCUCAAAGCACCGGGCUGCCAAACACCUGGCGGGGUUAAAGGUCUACAACGUAGACGCCUCUGGGAGCACAGCAGGAGCGCAGCCUGUUAAUGGCAAUCAGUCACGGGCCAUGGUUACUGCUGCCGGCAAACGCAAGGACACCGCCCACAGCGAACUGUACUACGAAGAGGCCGACUACGAAAGAAGGGUCCGCAAACGUAGGGCCAGGCUGGUGGUGGCUGUGGAGGAGGCCUUCACACAUGUCCGGCGGAUGAAGAAAGAGGACGAGCGCGCAACACCGUCUGACAUUAUGGAUGUGCGUGAAGCAGCACUGGCCAUAUUUCCCUCCAUGGCCCGUGCCCUGCAGAAGUACCUCCGUACCACCAGGAGGCAGCACUGCCACAGCAUGGAGAGCAUCCAGAAGCACCUCGCUUUCUGCCUCAUCAAUAACAUGAGCCCUAAGGCCUUCCUUGAAGCCUACCUGGCCCCUGGUCCGACCCUGCAGUACGGCCCUGAGCGCUGGAUGGCUGACCAGUGGACUUUGGUCAGUGAGGCUUCAGUCACCGGCGGCAUAAAGGAGGGGACAGAGUUCCUGCUGAGGUGUCUUGACUUCAGCUUAGCUGUGACCGUCAAGAGCAUCCCAUACAUCCGACUGACUGAGGAGUACAUCGACCCCAAGUCUCACAAGUUUCUACUGCUGCUCCAAUCAGAAACCUCAGUUUAACAGUGACACGGUGGACCGGUGCUGCUGAUCUGGACUUACAGGACUGUUACAAUUACCCGACUGAAUUUUUUCAAAAAUAGCUUUUUGUACUGUUUUUGUACUUCUGUUUAUGUACUUUUCUCACAUAGAGUAUCUUUGUGUCCUUGUCUUCGUCCCGGGCGACAUGAAAGACGAUAAAAGACAGAAAACGGGAGGGAACAUGCUUGGCUUUCUCUGUCCUGACAUUUGCAGAACACAGUUCAGGUAUUCCUCUAUGCACGACAGAUGACCCUCACAGAUGUUCUUCUUCUUCCUUUAUUUGCAUGUGCCAGUGUGUGCCUGCGUGGGAGAGUUUGUGAUUUAACAGGAGUGUGUGACUUAGGACGCAAAAGUGUGUGUGUCUGUGUGUGUUUUGAGUGUAGUGUACACCCGGGAUCUGGCUCUUCUUUCUCCUUAGCGUUACUAUAGUGACCAGGACAUUUGAUAUAACCCUGAACCCUCUUCACCAAAACUGCCCUUUUUCAGUCUUAGCAAUGAUUAUUUAACUGUCCUGUAUUACAGACGUAUGUACAGUAUUUAUAUGUGAAUAUACUUUAUCCCUUUACCUGUACUUUUUAUAUCAAAACUGUGCUUUUUUUUAAGAUUUAAGAUUUUUUAUUUUACCUUGUCUGUCUGCUCUGUAUUUGUGGAGAUAAGUGGGCUGUAAAUAGAUGAAGACAUGUUUGUAAAUCUCAGACAAAUCACUGGAGUCUCUUGGACUGAAUGCCAACCACAGUACAGCUGAAUAUGGAUGGUCGAGUUAAUAGAGACAUGUGACUGCUCAUCAUGUUUGCGUUUGUACAGUUAAGUGUGUGCAGUGUACACUAAUCUUUAAGUAUGCUAGCAGAGAGACUAAAUGUUUGGACGGCCAUGAGCUUCAUGUGAUUGACCUUUAUAUAUCUCAUGUUAAACUGUCGCCUCUGUGCUGUUAAAUUUCCACACACACGCCCCUGAUUUUCACCUCAACUCUCUGUGAAGGGGGUGUUUUAUUACAGCACCUCUCUGCAUAAUGCAAAUCUGUCAGCUGAAUUAAGCAAACCAGCCAUGAGCAUGAGACAGUGCAUAACCUAAAGAAAUAUUUAUGGCAGCAAUUUCAGAAGAUUUAGAACAUUUACUGCAAGUCCCUCUCAAAAAUAAAUAGCCACUUAUCUCAUGCUUGCUCAUGCAAGUGUUUAAACAAGUGUUGAAAAUAAUAAUAAUACAUAAAUAGCUCAACCCAGUGUCAGUAUUUCUGCUCUCAGUAUUUUGUCUGUGUCACACUACUGCCACCUAUCUGCAGCCACUGGAACAGGAACACUGUCCUGAGGGUCAAUCAAACCGUUACUUUGUAUGAAUAUUUGAUCAGCAUUUUAAAAACCCUUUGUACUUAUGAGGCCUGUUAUGAUGUAAAGUUAUAUUUACACACGUGUUACCGUGGUCACUAACAGUGUAGUUUUGUUUAGGCUUUUAGAGUGUUGAUGGUUGUACAUAGUUCUUGACUACACAUGUGCCUCAGUUAUACAUAUUUAGGAUGUGCUCAGCGUACAUGUGCAGUUUUCAAGCGUGUGUGUGUGUGUGUAUGCGUGUGUGUGUGAAAGAGAGGGAGAGAAACAAAGGGAACAUAAUGAAGAAAAGAGAUUUCUUUCUUAAAUGUCAUGCAGCUGAUUAGUCUGAUGAGUCUCAAGUUGUCCCUGUCUUCUUUUAUACAACAGAACAUGUAAAAUCACAGCUGCUGUGUCAAAGUCACAUUUGUAAAACAAAAUAAAUA